AGAACCAGACAGCAUCUUUGCUCCACUGUCAGACAUGGACCACAUGAUGUCACAUUCUUCUGAUCACAGUGACCACAUCCAAAAACCUUUGGAGAGUAAAAAUGACUCUAAAGGUGAUACGAGACAUCACACUAACAACAAACACUUUGACUGCUCUGAAUGUGGGAAAUCAUUUAGAUGGAAGAGUCAUUUUACAGUACACAUGAGAAUACAUACUGGAGAGAAACCUUUUGCUUGCUCAGCUUGUGCUAAAAGAUUCAACACUAAGCAUGAAAUGAUAUUACACAUGAGAACACACACAGGUGAAAAACCUUUUACUUGCUCUGUUUGUAAGAAGAGUUUCUACAGCAAGCAAAUCAUGACCACACACAUGAGAACACACACUGGAGAGAAACCUUUUUCUUGCUCAGCUUAUGCUAAAAGAUUCAACACUCAGAUUAAAAUGAUAUUACACAUGAGAACACACACAGGUGAGAAACCUUUUACUUGCUCUGUUUGUAAGAAGAGUUUCUCCAGAAAGCAAAUCAUGACCAGACACAUGAGAACGCACACUGGAGAGAAACCUUUUUCUUGCUCAGCUUGUGCUAAAAGAUUCAACACUAACAAUGACAUGAUAUUACACAUGAGAACACACACUGGUGAGAAACCUUUUACUUGCUCUGUUUGUAAGAAGAGUUUCUCCAGAAAGGAACACAUGACCACACACAUGAGAACACACACUGGAGAGAAACCUUUUGCUUGCUCAGCUUGUGCUAAAAGAUUCAACACUAAGAGGAAAAUUAUAUUACACAUGAGAACACACACAGGUGAGAAACCUUUUAAUUGCUCUGUUUGUAAGAAGAGUUUCUCCAGUAAGGAACACAUGACCACACACAUGAGAGCACACACUGGAGAGAAACCUUUUGCUUGCUCAGCUUGUACUAAAAGAUUCAACACUAAGAAUGAAAUUAUUUUGCACAUUAGAACACACACAGGUGAGAAACCUUUUACUUGCUCUGUUUGUAAGAAGAGUUUCUCCAGAAAGACACACAUGACCACACACAUGAGAACACACACUGGAGAGAAACCGUUUAGUUGCACUGUGUGUGAUAAGAUGUUCAGGUAUAAGUGUCAGGUCAGUAAACACAAAUGUGUAACAGUCAUGGAAGCUGCAGGGAUGUAAAAACACUUAAACAGUGAUUGUGCUAAAUGUAGUUUAAAAACACAGCAUGUUUAAUAUGAAUGUAUAUUUGAUGUUGUAUGUAGUGCUUCUCAUCUUCUAGUCUUAUAUGUUGUCCUGUACUUACUUUAUAAGUUGUGUGCAUGUAUUGAAUAUUAUAUAUGUAGCUACUAUUCUAUUUUAUUUUAUCAUUGUUGAAGAGAGGACAUCUUAUUUUCAUGUGUUUUUUUUUGGGUCAUAUAAAAUCACACAUUUUUUCCAUUGCAUUUUAUUGAUGUUAUUAUCCAAUUAAAAGUAUGAAUGAAUAAAAUGGUUAACAAAAUGUGGACUCUGGUAGAUUAGCAGCAUUGUUACAUCAUGGAUGUUAACUACUGCAAAACAUCAACAAAGAAGAAAAAUGCUGAAGUUAGCAACACAUCACUGAACUUUAGAGCCAUCGUGAGUGGAGUUGCUUGUUUUUAUUGCUGCAUUUGUACUUAUUUCACCUCACAUCUUCACUUUUAAUCCUAAAGUCUUCUUCACAUAUAUUGUUGUAGGCUUCUAACAUUUAUGUUUCUGAUGUGUGUGUGUAGUCUGUGGAAAGGGUUGUUGUCCCUUGUGGAUCCAAUUGUUCACUUGCACAGAUACAUCUUCAUCAUCAUCAUCAUCAUCAUCAUCAUCAUCAUCAUCAUCAUCA